UCCCCACCACCAACAGCCAUUUCCAACACCAACAAUUUUCCCCACCACCGACAGCCAUUUCCACCGCCAACAAUUUCCAACAAUUCCCACCACCACCAACCCUCACUCCCGCAUGACGAGUACCGCCCUCGGGACAAACGCCCACAAGACCAACCAUCUCGCCCCGCCCACCCACAGGCAUGACCGGCGCCGAAGUCCAGACCGUCGGGUUCAACGCCCGCGCCCUCGCAGCUCACGCCCAUCAGCGCCCGCGAAGUUGCUCCAACAAGAAGAACAACAACGCCUGUGUGUCCCUACGCGUCAACGGUGACUGCCCGAUGCCCCAAGCAGACCACCUCACGCCCGCAGGAGACCGCCUCACGCCCAUGACACGCCCCCGCACACCCUUACAGGAAGACCCCCUCUCGCCCCAGGGGGAACCGGUGCCCGCCCAAGGGGAAAUCAUUCCCUUGCGUGACCUGACCUUGGAAAUGGCUCCUCCCCUCCCCCGGCAACACUCACGCAAGAGGCAAGGAAGGCAGUCGCAUGACCUGUACGACUGACCUGGCCUACAGUGGUCAGGCUAGUCUGGUCAAGUCAAGUCGCUGUGCACUGGGAUGAUUUUCUUUCUCUUUCUUCUUCAUCUUCUUCUUUUCUCUCUUCGUCUCUAAACCACAUUGGCCUCAUCUUCUUGAAAUCUUUUCGUAAUGAUAAUUGUCAUUGUUAUCGUAAAAUGUCCCGAAUGUUUGAUGUUAUCACUGGCAGGAUCUCCAUCAGUUUUUUAUGCGAGAAAUUUCACAAAUAAAUGGGUUAUAUGUGUACUG